AUGACCGCUGGUGUUAAAUGGCAUUAAAAUUUCUUCAUUCCAAACUAUAAUCGUGCUUCGAAAUGACGUUUUUCUAAAGAGAGAAAAUAUUUUUUUGAGUGUCUUUAAAAAGUGGGAAAAUUAAUAUAAAAAUGAAGGACUACUUUUUUGUUACGUUAUUAAUCCUUGGCUUUGUCAAUAAUGGCUCGACCGAAAAUUUUGUAUCCAUUUCUUCAAAAAUAAUUGAAUCGACUUCAUUUAACAUAUUUGGUGAUAUAGAACUUCAAUGCGAUCAAAAUUCGAGUCCUAUUGCUUUCAGAAUUUUUAAAAAAGCCGAAAAUUUGCUGAAAUCGAGGUUGCAAAUGAAUUUGCAGAAAAGUUUUACGAAAAUGAUAAGAUCUAAUUCAGUUGUUAAGAAAAAUUGGAACGGACUUUGUGAUAUUGAUUCUGCUGUUGACACUUAUAUUGUGGCUGCAAAAUCUUGUCUGAUCGAGAAAAAAAUUCAGUAUCAAGCAGAAGAAUUUUCAAAUUCGAUUUUAGAACGAAAACUUUUUUCUACUCCUGAAAUUGAAGACAUCGUUAAAUCAAUUUGUGAUGAAAUGAAAAGUGUUCUAAGGGAUGCUGUGGAUUCUAGAUGUUUCAAUACAAAUAUUCCAGAAUUGAGAAAGUGUUUCCGCGAUAAUAGAUUUUUCAAACAUUUUACUUCAAUUCUCACAGAUUCAAAAAUAAAUAUAUCUCCUCGAAAUUUUCCUUAUCAUGUGAUUAGGACUUCACAACCAUCUUUUCGAAAUGAUAUUAAAGAGAUCAUAGAAUUUCGAAGAUGUUUCAUCCAAGUCCUGAAAACCUGCGAAUUCUCAUCUUUGGGGUCUGAUCUUGAAAUGAUGUUCCUUCCGUUUUUAGAUCGUCUUGAAUCACUUCUUUAUUAAAUAUUGAGUUUAUUUUUACUAUAUUUUAUUUUAAAAAAAUUUUUAGUAUUAAUUUUAAUGAUCAAAUUACU